AUGGCUGCCUCUGAUCGAACUAAAAAGAUCCAUGCCCUUGUGCAGGAGAUGAAACUAGACCAUAUUCUAGCUGCACCCGAAGAUGUCAAAUCCAUCAAAAUCGAAAAUUGCAUUGGAUACACCAAAGUUCCAGUGGGAAUUGCCGGACCUCUGAGAGUAUCCGGAGCAGGCGUAGAUGGAACACUUUACGCUCCGCUAGCAACUCAAGAGGCAACCCUGGUGGCCAGUUGCUCUCGCGGGUGCAAAGCGCUAAGCGUUGCGGGUGUUCGUUUUGAGGUACUUUCCCAAGGCAUGAGUCGAGCCCCCGUCUUCAUAUUUGACAGUCCGGAGGGUGCUGUUCUGUUUGCUCGAGGAUUACCAGAGAUAUUGGACGAAUUUAGCCAGUGGGCAGCCUCAACCGGGAGAUUUGUGCGCCUUCAGAAUACGAAGAUUCACGUUCUGGGCUCUCAAGUCCAUUUGUAUUGCAACUUCCAUUGCGGAGCUGCUGCUGGCCAGAACAUGGUAACCAAAGCGGUGAACUAUGCUUGUCAUCAACUUUUGAACUCCUACGGGUCCAAGUAUCGGAUCAAGGACUGGUUCGUUGAUGGCCAGAUGUCAUCAGACAAGAAGCCUUCAUGGGGAAAUGUAAAGGCUGCGCGAGGUGUGGAAGUCAUGGCUUGGGGCUCUCUUGACAAUGAGAAGAGCGUCGAAAUUCUCGGAUGCACUACCGAGCGUCUUCACCAAUUCCUUACAACCAUCACUAACGCGGGAAUCCGGAAUGGGCAAUUUGGAUCGAACGCCAACACGGCGAACGUUCUGGCUGCCAUGUUUAUUGCCACUGGACAAGAUGCGGCUAGUCUGGGAGAAGCAUGCUGGAGCCAACUGACACCAGAAUACAACCAGGAAACCAAGGUGCUGACUUUGAGUCUUUACUUCCCAUCUUUGCCAGUUGCUACUGUUGGCGGCGGUACCGGAAACGCGACUCAGAAGGAGGCUUUGCGAAUCCUACAUUGUGAUGGGCCCGAACAUAAGGAGAAGUUGGCCGGGCUUAUGGCCUCGUUUGCGCUCGCAUUGGAGAUCAGUACGGUUGCAGCCAUUUCAAAUGGUACCUUUUCUGACAGCCAUAUGAGACUUGCACGCGGUGAGAUUAUUCCUAAACUGUAA